GCUUCACACCCGUAGAGUCGUUCAGGCUGCAGCUUCUGGGUUUGAGGAAGGGAAGGUGGCAUCGGCGAUGUGGCCGACCCUGCGUUACUUAGGCACUACCUGCGGUCUGGCCCGACGUCGCUUUGCUGGGGGUUUCCUCCCGGCAAGCGAGCGGACGCCUGGGGGGCCGGGGCUGCUGUGUGGGGGUGGCCGCAGCUCCAGCACUAGCUCAUUUGAUAUAGUCAUUGUCGGUGGCGGAAUUGUGGGGCUUGCCUCUGCCAGAACACUCAUCCUGAAACACCCCGGACUUUCAAUUGGUGUUGUGGAAAAGGAGAAAGAUUUAGCUCUUCACCAGACUGGACGGAACAGUGGGGUCAUACAUAGUGGAAUUUACUACAAACCUGAAUCCCUGAAAGCUAAACUGUGUGUAGAAGGUGCAGCCCUCAUCUAUGAGUACUGUAAGCUCAAGGGAAUUCCCUACAGGCAAUGUGGCAAGCUAAUAGUAGCUGUUGAGCAAGAAGAAAUCCCCAGACUUCGGGCCCUGUAUGAGAGAGGUCUGCAGAAUGGAGUCCAAGGCUUGAGACUGAUCCAACAAGAGGAGAUAAAAAAGAAGGAACCAUAUUGCAGGGGUCUAAUGGCUAUUGAUUGUCCAUAUACUGGUAUUGUGAACUAUCAGCAGGUAGCUUUGUCAUUUGCCCAGGAUUUCCAAGAUGCUGGUGGCUCUAUCUUGAAAGAUUUUGAAGUAAAGGAUAUUGAAAUCGUUAAUGAAAGCCCUUCCAGAAGUAAGGAUGGGAUGAACUAUCCAAUCGCUGUCAAGAAUACUAAGGGAGAGGAGGUUCACUGUCGCUAUGUUGUGACAUGUGCAGGACUUCACUCAGACCGUAUUUCAGAGUUGAGUGGCUGCAAUCCCGAUCCUCAAAUUGUCCCUUUCCGGGGAGAUUACCUGCUCUUAAAGCCAGAAAAGGGCUACCUUGUAAACGGGAAUAUUUAUCCGGUCCCGGAUAGCCGCUUCCCUUUCCUUGGAGUUCACUUUACACCAAAGUUGGACGGCACUGUGUGGCUCGGGCCGAAUGCAGUGCUCGCCUUUAAGCGGGAAGGUUACAGACCCUUUGACUUCAGUGCCAGAGAUGUUAUGGAAAUAAUUCUCAAGAGUGGUUUCCUUAAAAUGGUGCUUCAAAAUUUCUCGUAUGGAGCAAAUGAAAUGUAUAAAGCCUGUUUUCUCAGUGAGACAGUGAAGCACCUUCAGAAGUUCAUCCCUGAGAUCACCACCAGCGAUGUGCUUCGAGGCCCAGCUGGAGUACGAGCCCAGGCCUUGGACAGAAAUGGAAACCUGGUAGACGACUUCGUGUUUGAUGGAGGAGCUGGGGAGAUUGGAGAUCGUGUUCUUCACGUGAGAAACGCGCCUUCUCCCGCCGCCACUUCUUCCCUGGCGAUCUCCAGGAUGAUCGCAGAGGAAGUGCAGCAAAGAUUUAAAUUAUGACCAGCGGAGAGAGCUGUGUUUGCAUCAUAGUCCCUAAACGAGCAGCAAGGAGCUGCCAAUUGUGUUUUUGAAUUAAAUUUGGAAGGUUAUUUUAAAACUACACUUUUUAGGCUAUAAUAGCCGUCGACUUAUUAACAGGAUAUAGCAGAUAUAAUUUUUAAAAAUUCAGGUCCAUAUUCUUAAGAACAAAGAAGCAAAGUGCAUCUGUACCUGUUCUGAAGCCUCAAGUUUGUUAGGGAUUUACCCAACCCUCCAUGAUUUAGGAAGGACUUGGGAAGGGGGCACAAAACAUGGACUGUUCCAUAAUCAGCGUUUGGCUUUAUAAUAUUUAAUUUUUUUCCUGGAAAAAUAUGUCAAAGUAUAUUGUAGGGUGUGACAUUCUUUUAAUCUGAAGAGUCUGGAAAGCUUACAUUAUUUAGUGAGUUUUUUUUAUAUGGAAACUGAAAAUGCUUGAUUUUUAAAUUAUUUUAAAAGGGAAUACAUGAAAUUUUGUGUUUCUAAGUAGCAUAAACAAACCCAGCCCUUUGCUCUUGGUAUCUUUGUGAGUCUCUAAUGUCUGGUGUGGCAUCACUUGGUCUGCAGAACAGUUUGCCUGUGUGCUUGUGGCCUACACUACAGUUCCCUGUGACCGAGAAGUGCAAGUCCCUAAAAGGACCGUGUUUUAUAAGAGCAUUUUAAAUCCUGACACUGAGUGUAGCACUGUGUAAUUUGAACCAGUUAUUUAUUCCACACUUCUGUCCUUUGGUCACACUGAGGGUCCCAGGAUGUUGGCCAGGAUUACUGAUGGUUCAUACCUAUGUGGGUUUUCAGAAUUCCUAUAAACUUUGCGAGGACAUUUCUCCAUUUUUGGUUAAUAUCUAACUUGGAGGCAUUCACUUUUAUAAGCCGUGAAAGUGCCUUAUAUUCUUCAUAUGUACUUCAUGAGCAUGUAAGUUGGCACCAGGUGCUAUACUGAGUACUCGUGUGUGUGUGUGUGUGUGUGUGUGUGUGUGUGUGUAGUGCCAUACUGUACUGUAUUGUGCGUGUGCAUGUGUGUCUUACAGUUCAGAACAUUGGAAAAUAGAAAUGUAAGUGAAAAACAGGCAACUUGACCGUGGAAUCAGAGCCGGCACUCAGGUGAGAGGCUUCAUCCCUUCUCUCACAUGCGUUCUCUCAGGGUUCAUCUUUCAUCUUCCUCACCAACGCUGUGAUGGGGGCCUGAGGAGGCUGCGCGUGUUGAGAGGAAAGCCUUUCCUUUUUUAUUUUCUCCCCACUCUGGCCCUUGGUGGUUACAUUUAUUAAGGGGUCUCAUCCAUUAAUCUGAAAGGAUACAUAUUAUGAUCUUCAGUUCAAGAGGCAGCACUUCCCAGGUAGGUAGAUGAGGCAGUUAUGCAAGACAUGGGAUAGGCAUAUUGAAACAUUUAGAAAUUAUUUAUGGAGGCAACAAACCCUAAUGGUUCUUCAUAACAAUAGAUUUCCUACAAGAAAUGCCCUGCGUGGAGUGCUUCUCUGUUCUAAGACUUCUAAG